AUGUCGGCUACUGCUCGGGGACUCAUCACGUUAACUUCCACAGGCUGUUAUAAGAAACUCUGUUUGCAUAAUCCUGAGCAUUUUCUGGCUCGAAAGAUCGACUCGGAUGAUCUAUCGAGCAUAUGGGAUUGGCUUGAUUUGAAGGAUUGUAUAGCGACUAGCUUUUAUUCGGAUCACGAGUCGAACAAAACAGAGCAAGUAUAUAGCGUAUCGAUGCUAAAUAGCGUUUUAGUCGAUGAUGUAAGCGUAACCAACUGUAAUAACAUGGCUCCCUCGACUUGUUUUACCAAGAUUUGGCGAAUGAGGAACAAUGGUAAGGCCCGUUGGGCCCACAAGACACAGCUCGUUUGGCUCGGUGGCGACAAGUUGAGCGAUCAAUCAUACGUUGAUGUGUCCGUUCCUGCAUCGGGUUUGGAUGUUGGAGAGGAGCUGGAUAUUCGUGUCGAUUUGAGUUCACCCGAAAUUCCCGGUGAUUACAUUGCGUAUUGGACAUUGGUCUCGCCAGAUGGCGAAAGGUUCGGAGAACAUGUAAAGGUCAUAAUUCUGGUUGAAGAGCCUGUUGAUUUAGGUGUCCAGCACGUAACUGAUUCUUUUCGACCCUCGUCAGUUUCAAAAGUCGAAUCAGAGGUUAUAAAUGAGAAAAUUGCAAGGGAAAGCAACAAAAUUAUGCAGAGGAAGAAAGAGGAUGAUGUUUGUAGUGUUGAUGAAUGGGAAGAGAUGGAUUUCGAUGAUAAAUUCAUGAACAGCCUCCUAAAGAAGAAGAAAAAGGGUGUAAACAAGAACAAGUUGUUGAAGAAGAAAAACAAUACGUGGAAACAAACACAAUCCAUUUCUAAAGUGGUGAAAUCGACUUCGGUCCCGAACGACAAUAUCCCUCUCGAAAACCUUCGAAACAAAUUUAAUCGCAUUAUGACAAUCCGUACAUAUCCUGAGAUUCUUCGCGACCCGAAUAGUUUCCCCCGGACGAGACCCAAUAAGCCCGAAAGCAAUGGCUAA